AUCUCUCACUCUCUCUGAUCCUUUCUUCGUUUGCUCUUUCUUAGUCAGAGAUUAUUCAUCCUUCCUUGCAGGUCAGAAAAGAAAAAAUGGUGAAGAUUUGCUGCAUUGGUGCUGGAUAUGUGGGGGGUCCAACAAUGGCAGUGAUUGCAUUAAAGUGUCCAUCCAUCGAAGUUGUUGUCGUUGAUAUCUCGAAAUUGCGCAUUGCAGCCUGGAACAGCGAUCAACUUCCUAUCUAUGAACCCGGUCUUGAUGGUAUAGUCAGGCAAUGUCGUGGCAAGAACCUUUUCUUCAGCACUGAUGUUGAAAAACAUGUCUAUGAAGCUGACAUUGUGUUUGUAUCUGUCAACACACCGACAAAAACUCGAGGCCUUGGAGCUGGCAAAGCAGCCGAUUUAACAUAUUGGGAGAGUGCAGCUCGAAUGAUUGCCGAUGUUUCAAAGUCCGACAAAAUUGUUGUAGAGAAAUCAACUGUUCCUGUCAAAACUGCUGAGGCUAUAGAGAAAAUUCUAACACACAAUGCAAAAGGUAUCAAGUUUCAGAUUCUGUCGAACCCCGAAUUUCUCGCCGAGGGAACUGCAAUUCAAGACCUUUUCAAUCCAGACAGGGUUCUCAUUGGAGGCAGGGAAACCCCGGAAGGUGAAAAAGCGAUUCAAACAUUGAAAAAUGUUUAUUCUCAAUGGGUUCCUGAGGGGAAAAUCUUAACAACAAAUCUUUGGUCUGCAGAACUUUCUAAGUUAGCUGCUAAUGCUUUCUUGGCUCAGAGAAUUUCAUCUGUCAAUGCAAUGUCAGCACUUUGUGAAGCUACUGGUGCAAAUGUUAAUCAAGUUUCCUAUGCUGUUGGUACCGACACACGGAUCGGACCAAAGUUCCUUAAUGCAAGUGUUGGUUUUGGUGGUUCUUGCUUUCAGAAAGAUAUCUUAAACCUUGUUUACAUUUGUGAGUGUAAUGGCCUUCCGGAAGUGGCUGAAUAUUGGAAACAAGUUAUCAAGAUUAACGAUUAUCAGAAGAAUCGGUUCGUGAACCGAGUUGUUGCAUCGAUGUUUAACACAGUUGCUAACAAAAAGAUAGCCAUUUUAGGAUUUGCAUUCAAGAAGGAUACAGGUGAUACACGGGAGACACCGGCUAUUGAUGUGUGUAAAGGACUACUCGGCGAUAAAGCGCGGUUGAGUAUAUACGAUCCGCAGGUAACCGAGGAUCAAAUUCAAAGGGAUUUGUGGAUGAACAAAUUUGAUUGGGACCAUCCUAUACAUUUGCAGCCGACAAGUGGUUCAUCUGAUAAGAAAGUGAGUGUUGUUUUGGAUGCUUAUGAAGCAACUAAAGAUGCAGAUGGUGUUUGUGUUCUAACUGAGUGGAAUGAGUUUAACAGUCUUGAUUAUCAGAAGAUUUAUGAUAACAUGAGAAAACCAGCAUUUGUUUUUGAUGGAAGGAACAUUGUUGAUUGUGAUAAGCUACGUGAGAUUGGUUUCAUUGUGUAUGCAAUUGGUAAGCCACUUGAUCCAUGGCUCAAAGAUAUGCCAGCUGUGGCCUAAAACCAAGACACUUCAAAUUGAAGGCGUAUUCGUUGUCUGUGUUACCACACCGACACAUGUAGUUAUAUUAAUUACUUUCAAUUCAUUAAAUUGAUAUUGGUGUCUCCAUUGUUGGUGUAAUGUUCGAUGUCAUUGUGUGCAACGGUGCUUAAGCCUAAAACAUAACUUCAUUUUUAAGUCAAUUUUUUUGGCUUAAAGCUUGAUUCAAUUUUUUAAUUUUUUUUGACUCAUAAUUUUCUUUGGUAUUUUGCACUUUCCCAUAGUAGUUGUCAUUAACGAGUGUAAAUUAUGGGAAAGUAUGAGGCACUAUGUUUUUAUUUUUCUUUGUACUGCACCUCAAUACUGUUUGGCAGUUAUGAAUUUAAGAUUUUUUUUUAUAUAUUUAA